AUGUUUAAAAUUAGCGACAAAUUCCACAAAAUCCGCGGCAAUUAUUACAACAAACGAUUUAUGGCGGACGCCGUGGAGUACGCGCUAGACUACGCACCACGUUCACGAGAUCGCAUCAUGGUCUAUUACGCCAAAUCGGACCCACGGCAGUGGAUUGAGUCCAUUGCGAGCCAACUCGUGACCACUGGGCGACGGCUCGAGGCCUACAAUGAACCCGUUUUGGGCAACUACUUGCUUGAACAUCAUGGCGAGGCCUUGUUCAAACAACAUGCUAACCUGGCCCUCCCCGCGUUGAGCGACGUUACUUUCAUGCGCAGCCACCUGCCAUUCAAACUAUUCCCGUACCGCCCGGAGCCCCGGUACCUGUUUGUGUUGCGCAAUCCUAAAGACGUUUGCGUUUCGCUUUACUACUCUUUCAACACAAUUUAUGACAUGGAAAUUGAUUUUGACACGUAUUUUAAGUUUUGGGUUAGUGGCACAUCAGAGCUACCAUUCGGGGACUACUUCGAGUCGGUAUUGGACUACUGGUCGCACCGGGGCGACUCAAAUUGCACCCUAAUCAUUUACGAGCAUAUGCUGACCGACCCGACACGAGUUGUCCGACAAAUUGCAUCAUUUCUGGGGCCCAAAUACGUGGCCCGACUCACCGAUAGGGAGGCCGAUAACGGGGAACAACUAUUGGAGCGAAUGGUUCGCGAAUCGAGUUUUACACCAAUAAAAGGGUCACUGAAUAAAUGGGAUUCGCAUUUCAAUGAAACGCCCGGCGAUUGGAGAUUGCGUUUGAAUCGUCUCCAAAGCGACGCUAUCGACGCCCGGGCGGCCCGAGUCUGGUCAGGCACUGGCCUACUCGAGCUCUGGCCACGUGAGAUGCAGUGGUAA